GUUCGAUUCAAUUACGCACUAAUUCGUUGUUCUUCAUAUUGGUUCAUGAUGAAGAGAGGAGGAGAAGGGGGAUAAUCGAAUCGAAUCAAUUCAGAAGAAGAACGACGAGGAGAGCGAUUGGAUAUUCUCUGCGGGCUGCGCGUGCAGGAUUGGGCGCCCGGCGGUGGUCGUUUCUGUUCGGCGAUCGGGCGAAUUGCGAGGAAGAUGAACGGAAGGGCUAGGACAUCGAGAUCGAGUUCCGACAUGACGAGCCGGUUGCCUUCUCGCACCGUAACCCUAGGCCGCGUCCAGCCUCAAUCUCCUGGUCACCGUACCAUCUUCUGCAACGAUCGAGACGCCAAUCUCCUGGUUAAAUUCAGGGCAAAUUCUAUAUCAACUACAAAGUACCAUGUUCUUACGUUUCUACCAAAGGGUUUGUUUGAACAGUUCAGGCGGGUGGCUAACCUCUACUUUCUGAUGAUUUCAAUUUUGUCAAGCACGCCAGUCAGUCCUGUAUCUCCAAUAACAAAUGUGCUCCCACUAAGUAUCGUGCUUUUUGUAUCUCUUGUUAAGGAGGCAUGGGAAGACUGGAAGCGUUUUCAGAAUGACAUGGCAAUAAAUAACAAUUCUGUGGAAGUGCUCCUAGGUCAGAGGUGGGAAAGAGUUCCCUGGAAAAGUCUACAGGUUGGAGAUAUUGUCAGGGUUAAACAAGAUGGAUUCUUUCCUGCAGACCUCCUAUUCCUUGCUGGUACAAACUCAGAUGGUGUCUGUUAUGUAGAGACUGCUAAUCUGGAUGGUGAAACAAAUUUAAAGAUCAGAAAAGCAUUAGAAAAGACAUGGGACUAUGUCACUCCUGAGAAAGCCUCUGAAUUCAAAGGUGAAGUACAGUGUGAGCAACCAAAUAAUUCUUUGUAUACAUUCACUGGCAAUCUGAUAAUUGACAAGCAAACAUUACCCCUUAGUCCAAAUCAACUUCUGCUGCGAGGAUGCAGUCUCCGGAACACGGAGUACAUAGUUGGAGCUGUUAUUUUUACUGGGCAUGAAACCAAGGUUAUGAUGAAUUCCAUGAAUGUUCCUUCCAAAAGAAGUACCCUAGAGAAGAAACUUGACAAGCUUAUACUCAUUCUUUUUUGUGUCCUGUUCUCUAUGUGCUUUAUUGGGGCCAUUGGCAGUGGAGUAUUUAUAAACCGCAAGUACUAUUACUUAGGUCUUCGUGGGCCAGAUCUCACACCAGAUAUGAACCCUGGCAACAGAUUUGUGGUUGCUCUUUUAAAUAUGUUUACCCUAAUUACUCUUUAUUCACCAAUUAUUCCCAUCUCUCUCUACGUCUCAGUUGAGAUGAUCAAAUUUAUUCAAUCCACUCAAUACAUUAACAAUGAUUUGUGUAUGUACCAUGUUGAGACAAACACACCUGCAUUGGCUCGGACGUCCAAUCUGAAUGAGGAACUUGGACAGGUUGAGUAUAUCUUUUCGGACAAAACUGGAACCUUGACAAGAAAUUUGAUGGAGUUCUUUAAGUGUUCAAUUGGGGGAGAGAUCUAUGGAACUGGCCUUACAGAGAUUGAGACGGGAGGAGCACAGAAGAAUGGCAUGAAAGUCGAUGGGGUAAGAAAGUCAUCAACUGCUGUACAUGAGAAGGGUUUUAAUUUUGAUGAUGCAAGGCUUAUGCAAGGUGCCUGGCGGAAUGAACCUAAUCCUGAUAUGUGCAAGGAAUUUUUCAGAUGUCUUGCUAUAUGUCAUACAGUGCUGCCUGAAGGUGAGGAGUCCUCAGAACGAAUCCGGUAUCAAGCUGCAUCACCUGAUGAGGCUGCUUUGGUUACAGCUGCAAAGAACUUCGGUUUCUUCUUUUACAGGCGUACCCCUACUUUGGUCUAUGUUCGAGAAUCACAUACCGAGAAGAUGGGAAAGGUUCAAGAUGUUCCUUAUGAGAUCUUGAAUGUCCUUGAAUUUAACAGUACAAGGAAGCGUCAAUCUGUUGUUUGUCGUUAUCCUGAUGGCAGGCUUGUAUUAUACUGUAAGGGUGCUGAUUCAGUGAUCUAUGAACGAUUGGUGGAUGGAAAUAAUGAUAUUAAGAAAAUAACCAGGGAGCACUUGGAACAAUUUGGAGCUGCUGGAUUGCGCACCCUUUGCCUGGCAUAUAGAGAUUUAAGCUCCAAUGCAUAUGAGAGUUGGAAUGAAAAAUUCAUUCAGGCAAAAUCUUCUCUUCGGGAUCGUGAGCAGAAACUGGAUGAGGUUGCGGAACUCAUAGAAAAGGAUCUUGUUUUAAUCGGGUGCACUGCUAUAGAAGACAAGCUUCAAGAAGGAGUACCGUCCUGUAUAGAGACGCUCUCCAGAGCUGGAAUUAAGAUUUGGGUUUUAACAGGGGACAAGAUGGAAACAGCCAUUAACAUAGCUUACGCCUGCAAGUUGAUUGAUAAUAACAUGAAACAAUUUAUUAUCAGUUCAGAAACUGAUGAUAUUAGAGAAGUUGAAAGCAGAGGUGACCAAGUGGAGAUUGCCCGCUAUAUGAGAGAUUCAGUGAAAAAUCAGCUAAAGAAGUGCCAUGAGGAAGCACAAACUUAUCUUAGCUCUUCAUUUGGACCAAAAUUGGCGCUUGUGAUUGAUGGGAAGUGUUUGAUGUAUGCAUUGGACCCAAGUUUAAGAUUCAUGCUACUUAAUUUAAGCUUGAAUUGUAGUUCAGUUGUUUGCUGCCGGGUUUCUCCUUUACAAAAAGCACAGGUGACAAGCCUUGUCAGGAAAGGUGCAGGGAAAAUAACACUCAGUAUUGGUGAUGGUGCCAAUGAUGUUAGUAUGAUUCAAGCUGCUCAUGUUGGGGUUGGAAUCAGCGGUCUGGAAGGAAUGCAAGCAGUGAUGGCCAGUGAUUUUGCAAUUGCACAGUUUCGUUUUCUCAAAGAUUUGCUUCUCGUGCAUGGGCGAUGGUCAUAUCUCAGGAUAUGCAAGGUUGUGACUUACUUCUUUUACAAGAAUCUUACCUUUACUCUGACUCAAUUUUGGUAUACCUUCCAUACUGGUUUUUCUGGUCAGAGAUUUUAUGACGAUUGGUUUCAGUCUUUGUAUAAUGUUAUUUUCACAGCCCUGCCUGUGAUUAUGGUUGGACUGUUUGACAAGGAUGUCAGUGCAUCUCUUUCCAAGAAAUACCCUGAGUUAUACAAGGAGGGAAUAAGAAAUACCUUCUUCAAGUGGAGAGUAGUGGUGACCUUGGCUUUGUUUUCGUUAUACCAAUCACUAGUUGUGUACCAUUUUGUGGUAACUUCAACUUCUAACAGUGUUGAUUCAUCUGGAAAGAUGUUCGGCCUGUGGGAUGUCAGCACAAUGGCCUUCAAUUGUAUUGUAGUAACAGUUAAUCUGCGGCUUCUUAUGAUGUGCAACACAAUUACAAGGUGGCAUCAGAUAAGUGUAGGAGGAAGCAUUUUAGCGUGGUUUUUGUUUGCCCUUGUGUAUUCGGGUAUUUACACCCCUAAGGGUAUCUAUUUCGUCUUUUAUGUCUUGCUGAGCACGGCUUAUUUUUACGUUGCACUUCUUGUUGUUCCUGUGGUUGCACUGCUUGGCGAUUUCCUAUUUCUAGGGGUUCAGAGAUGGUUCUUCCCUUACGAUUAUCAGAUAGUCCAGGAAAUCCAUAGACAUGAACCUGAAACCAGCACUGUGGGGUUGCUCGAGAUGGGGAGCAGCCUGCUUACCCCAGAGGACGCGAGGAGCUUCGCCAUUGCACGGCUCCCACGCGAGCAGUCCAAGCACACCGGUGCUGCUUUUGAUUCACCCGCAUACGAGUCAUUUUUCGCAUCGCAGGCCGGUGUCGUCACCAAUCAGAAGCCAUACGAUGUGGUGCGAAGAGCCAGUAUGAAGUCACGGCCAAAGAAUCCUCACAAGGAUUGACCACGAGCAUGUAUCUGUACAUAAAUUGUUUCCCCUUUAUUUUUGACAAAACAGCAGCAGAAUCUGUAAAACUAGUUGUGCCAUAUCCUCCUAGGCUUGAUUCUUUUAUACGUGUUUUCUUUUCCUUCCUGAAUCAUAGAGUUGGCACUAGGACUGUUAGAAAAUAUAUGACAUCCCAUUGGCCUAAGGUGGGGUAUUAUUUCACCGUAGGCAUUUUGUUUUU